AUGGAUGACAAGGCUUCUGUUGGAAAAAUCAGUGUCUCCUCAGACUCAGUAUCUACUCUUAAUAGUGAAGAUUUUGUCUUGGUUUCCAGGCAAGGAGAUGAGACACCAUCUACAAAUAAUGGAAGUGAUGACGAGAAAACAGGACUCAAGAUUAUAGGGAAUGGAAGUGAACAGCAGCUGCAAAAAGAGCUAGCAGAUGUUCUGAUGGACCCUCCAAUGGACGACCAGCCAGGGGACAAAGAACUUGUGGAAAGGUCACAACUGGAUGGUGAAGGAGAUGGACCUCUUUCUAACCAACUCUCAGCUUCAUCCACCAUUAACCCUGUGCCAUUAGUAGGCCUCCAAAAACCAGAGAUGAGCUUGCCAGUGAGACCUGGACAAGGAGAUUCCGAAGGGUCAAGUCCUUUCACACCAGUGGCUGAUGAGGACAGUGUAGUUUUCAGCAAACUAACUUAUUUAGGCUGUGCCUCAGUAAAUGCUCCCAGGAGUGAAGUGGAAGCAUUAAGGAUGAUGUCCAUCUUAAGAAGCCAGUGUCAGAUUUCACUAGAUGUAACCCUUUCGGUGCCGAAUGUAUCUGAAGGAACUGUGAGACUCUUAGAUCCUCAGACAAACACUGAAAUAGCAAACUACCCUAUCUACAAAAUCCUGUUCUGUGUCAGAGGGCAUGAUGGAACUCCUGAGAGUGACUGUUUCGCUUUCACUGAAAGUCAUUACAAUGCAGAGCUCUUCAGAAUACAUGUCUUCCGGUGCGAAAUACAAGAAGCUGUCAGCCGGAUACUUUACAGUUUUGCUACUGCCUUCCGCCGUUCUGCCAAGCAGACCCCACUUUCAGCAGCUGCUGCACCCCAAACUCCUGACAGUGACAUCUUUACCUUCUCUGUGUCUUUAGAAAUAAAAGAAGAUGAUGGUAAAGGUUAUUUUAGUGCAGUUCCUAAGGAGAAGGACAGACAAUGCUUUAAACUUCGCCAAGGAACUGAUAAAAAGAUUGUCAUCUAUGUGCAACAAACAACUAAUAAAGAACUUGCCAUUGAAAGGUGUUUUGGUCUUCUCCUUAGCCCAGGAAAAGAUGUACGAAAUAGUGACAUGCACUUGUUAGAUUUGGAAUCUAUGGGCAAAAGUUCUGAUGGAAAGUCCUAUGUCAUCACUGGGAGUUGGAAUCCAAAAUCUCUGCCUUUUCAAGUUGUAAAUGAAGAAACUCCUAAAGAUAAAGUGCUGUUUAUGACCACAGCUGUUGAUUUGGUAAUAACAGAAGUACAGGAGCCUGUUCGAUUUCUCAUAGAGACAAAAGUCCGUGUUUGCUCACCUAAUGAGAGAUUAUUCUGGCCCUUCAGCAAACGUAGUACCACUGAAAAUUUCUUUUUGAAACUAAAACAGAUAAAGCAGAAGGAAAGAAAGAACAAUACUGAUACUUUAUAUGAAGUUGUGUGCUUGGAAAGUGAAUCAGAAAGAGAGAGGAGGAAAACUACAGCCAGUCCCUCAAUUCGCCUGCCACAGUCUGGAUCUCAGAGUUCCAUGAUACCUUCUCCUCCAGAAGAUGAUGAAGAGGAAGAUAAUGAUGAACCCCUCUUGAGUGGAUUUGGUGAUGUAUCCAAAGAAUGUGCAGGAAAAAUUCUUGAAACAUGGGGAGAACUGCUAUCAAAAUGGCAUCUCAAUUUGAGUGUGAGACCAAAGCAGUUGUCGUCCUUAGUAAGAAGUGGUGUUCCUGAAGCUCUGCGAGGAGAAGUCUGGCAACUGCUAGCAGGUUGUCACAACAAUGACCACCUGGUAGAAAAAUACCGAAUUCUCAUUACAAAGGAGUCUCCCCAGGACAGUGCCAUCACCCGGGAUAUUAACCGGACAUUCCCAGCCCAUGACUAUUUUAAGGACACAGGAGGAGAUGGACAAGAUUCCUUAUAUAAAAUAUGCAAGGCAUAUUCUGUGUAUGAUGAAGAGAUUGGUUAUUGCCAGGGCCAGUCAUUUCUUGCUGCUGUUCUGCUUCUCCAUAUGCCUGAAGAACAGGCAUUCAGUGUUCUGGUCAAGAUCAUGUUUGACUAUGGUCUCAGGGAACUUUUCAAGCAAAACUUUGAAGAUUUGCAUUGCAAAUUUUACCAGUUGGAGCGACUCAUGCAGGAAUACAUCCCUGACCUGUACAACCACUUCCUGGAUAUAAGCCUUGAAGCACACAUGUAUGCCUCCCAGUGGUUUCUUACACUUUUCACUGCAAAAUUCCCUCUCUACAUGGUCUUCCAUAUCAUCGACCUGCUUUUAUGUGAGGGAAUAAGUGUUAUUUUUAAUGUCGCCCUUGGAUUAUUAAAGACUUCCAAGGACGACUUGCUGCUGACAGAUUUUGAAGGUGCCUUGAAGUUCUUCAGGGUCCAGCUUCCGAAGAGAUAUCGCUCAGAAGAAAAUGCGAAAAAGCUAAUGGAAUUAGCUUGCAGCAUGAAGAUUAGUCAGAAGAAGUUGAAAAAAUAUGAAAAAGAAUAUCACACCAUGAGGGAACAGCAGGCCCAACAAGAAGACCCGAUCGAGCGAUUUGAGCGAGAGAACCGGCGUCUACAAGAAGCUAACAUGAGGUUGGAACAGGAAAAUGAUGACUUAGCCCAUGAGCUGGUAACCAGCAAGAUUGCACUGCGCAAGGACCUGGAUAACGCUGAAGAGAAGGCAGAUGCACUCAAUAAGGAGUUGCUUAUGACCAAACAGAAGUUGAUUGAUGCAGAAGAAGAGAAGAGACGGCUGGAAGAUGAGUCUGCUCAGUUAAAAGAAAUGUGUCGUCGGGAACUCGACAAAGCAGAAUCUGAGAUUAGAAAAAACAGUUCCAUCAUUGGUGACUACAAGCAGAUUUGUUCUCAGUUGAGUGAAAGAUUGGAGAAGCAGCAGACAGCUAAUAAAGUGGAAAUUGAGAAAAUUCGGCAAAAAGUGGAUGACUGUGAGCGCUGCCGGGAAUUUUUCAACAAAGAAGGUCGCAUAAAGGGCCUGAGCUCAGCCAAGGAGGUUUUAGAUGAGGACACAGAUGAGGAGAAGGAGACCCUGAAGAACCAGCUGAGGGAGAUGGAACUGGAGCUGGCCCAGACCAAGCUGCAGCUGGUGGAAGCGGAGUGCAAGAUCCAGGACUUGGAGCACCAUUUAGGCCUUGCCCUGAACGAGGUACAGGCCGCCAAGAAGACGUGGUUUAACCGAACCCUGAGCUCCAUAAAGACGGCAACGGGGGUUCAAGGGAAAGAGACUUGCUGA